AUGGCUUCUUUCCUUUCCUUAUCCCUUCCCAAGCUGAACUUAAUAAAGGCUUCCUCAGCAGCUAACACCUCUACGACCACUCUUCCCACUGCUGACUCACUCACUGAGAAAUUUGGCAGAAAAGGCAUCAAGUUCUUGGAGUCUGAUAGCAUCCCCAUUGUCGAGCUGACAGUCAGAAAUGGCAGCUCCUUGAGGCUUAGGAUACCUGAUGCUCAUGUCACAUCAUACCGACCAAAAGUUCAUUGGAAAGAUGAUGGUUUCGAGGAGGUUCUAUACACAAUUCCUGCAACUGAAGCGGGUCCUUACAAGGCUAAAGGUGGGGUUGGUUUGGUUAUGAAUGAAGUACUGCAACCUGGAGCCAAAGGGUUACUCCCUUCCACUUUAGAGUGGACUGUAACUGAUGUUGACUCUGAUGCCAUAGAUGCUCUCCAGGUUGAAUUGAGCUGCACUAGUAGAUUUUUUGACAUCGCAUACAUUGUGACUCUCUAUCCUGUGAGCAUGGCCACAGCAGUGGUAGCUAAGAACCUUGGCCCUAAGCCUGCCACUCUAACCAACGCUAUACUGAGCCAUUUUAGGUCUAAGACAAGAGCUGGAACAGCAGUUCAAGGCCUCAGAAGCUGUUCAUAUAUCCCUCACUCUCCUCCAUCUUCCCCUUUUCAAAUCUUGACUCCAUCAGAAGCUACAUUAUCUGAGCCUCCUAGAUGGUUUUCCUUUGGUGCUGAACCUGAAGUUAAGUCGGGCACGUGGGGUAAACAAGAUUUGACUAUGACUCUCCUUGAGAAUAAGAUGAGUAGAGUUUAUGCUGCGCCUCCAGAGGAAAGAUUAAAGACAUUCUAUAACAGCUCUCCUUCCAAGUAUGAAACCAUUGAUCAGGGACGUGGGAUUUUCUUCAGGGUGAUAAGAAUGGGUUUUGAGGAUAUUUAUUUAUCAAGCCCUGGUUCCUUGUCAAAGAAAUACGGAAAGGACUACUUCAUCUGCACUGGCCCUGCUUCAUUACUGGUGCCUGUGACUGUGAAUCCUGGUGAAGAAUGGAGAGGGGCACAGGUGAUUGAACAUGAUAAUUUAACAUGA